AAGAACCCGAUCCGAUCUGAUUUUGAUUUUCAUGUAAAAUCCCUAACUCCGUCCUUCAUCAAGCUUCACGGCUGCUGCUUCUUUGGUUCCUUCGGCGUCCAUCGCGACAAGCGAAAAUAGCAAAGAUUGACUCCAUGGCCACCACUGGAAGAUCUAUGAUCUACUCGUUGCUUUCAUUUGCCAUCAUUCUCUCGCUUCUUGAAAUGUACAGAGAGAAAUUGGCAUCUUCUGAGUUGUUGACGAUUCUUGGGGGUUUUGUUUGUUCCCUUUUGUUUCUUUUAAUGUUAACGGUCAUUGGCAACUAUCAAGAAUCAACCGGAACAAGGACAGGAUGGGGUGCUGUCAUAUUGGCGGAAAUUGUUGCUCUUGUCGCUGCUGCUACAGUUCAUCGUGUUUGCAUCACCACAUGCUUCUUGUUCUCGGCUGGUCUUUUGUAUGAAGUAGACAAGCUUUCGGGUAUGGUGCUCAGUAUGGCGCUCACAAAACCCAAAGGGAAGCGUCAUUGACCACAAGACUACUGAAACCAACUAGUUCUACAAUCGAUUAAUUGAUGGGCGAUAAACAUGUUUGAUGGUCAUCUAGUUGCUUGAGCUUUCUAGAGAUUAUGCAGGACAUAAUUUUCAGAAAAAGGAAAAAAAAAACUGUUUCUGAUUGAUUUCAUAUCAAUGAACUGUUUUUGCUUGCAGAAUAGAUGGCAUAAGUUUUGCUGUUUUGCUUCAGUAUGUAGUGUAUAUUUUAUCUGAGAAAGAACUAUUGGCUAAUCUAGCUCGAUCAACUAACCUGAUCAUUCCUAA